AUUUGAAAUUAAUUUCAGGGAGAAUCUGAAGCAGGCAAGAGGGAUGAAGAUCUAGCAAAUAUCUGGCCUCUUCCUAUCCUUCGGAGAUGUCUUGCAGGUAUAUUCACUACGUAAAAAAGCACUUUAAACCAGUGCUCACAAAAGAGGCUGAAAAAGUUAUCUCAAGCUAUUAUCAACUCCAAAGGAGAUCAGGAACACAUAAUGCAGCAAGAACAACAGUGCGUAUGCUUGAAAGCUUGAUACGCCUGGCUCAAGCACAUGCAAGGCUUAUGUUCAGAAAUGAGGUCACAAGAUUAGAUGCCAUAACAGCCAUUUUAUGCAUUGAAUCGUCCAUGACUAUCUCAGCCAUUGUAGACAGCAUAGGGAAUGCCCUGCACUCCAAUUUCACUGAGAACCCUGAUCAGGAAUAUGCCAAGCAAGAAAGGUUAAUUCUUGAAAAGUUAAGUUCAGUUGAUGAGUUCCAAGAAUCAAAUGGCUGAGAAGGCUUGUGAUGACGAAAAUGAGUAGGAAAACAGAAGCAUCCUGGUUGAAUGAGCUGUUUGGAGGUCUCAGCUAACAGCCAUAACCGUUCACUAUAGAAAUUUUAUCAGUUUGCUUUUUGAUAGGACAGGUAAAUGCUAUUUAUAUUUAAUGCAAUCAGCCUUAAGUAGAUGUUCUGAAAGUUUAGAGGACAGAACUUUUGAACGGGGCUUUAUUUGAAAAGCCUAGUUGAUGGUGAUCUGAUGGGAUAUCAGGAUUAUUUGUCUGUAAAUUUAGAAGGAUUUGUUUGUAACUAUCAAACACUUGUAGCAUCUUUUUACGCCUUGGAGCCCAUGCUUGUCCCGCUUUAUUCUAAUGCAGGGAUAGGGAUAUGGGAGACAUUUUAAAUAUAUUUCUCUUUUUUCUUUCUUGGAUGAUGAGGCUUUUUCUUCUGUAGUAUUAUACAAGAAUAUGGACGCUA